GCAUACGGAAACUUGGCUCGAAAACAGUGUUUAUAGGAUUACAACAAUUGUUUGACGCUUUUUUCUCUCCAACAAAUUUAAGCCCUCAAAAACAUUGUAUUGGGUCUUCUUCUCUAAUCCAAAAAGCUUCAAUCUUUAUCCUCCAACACUCUCAAAGGUUCAGUCUUUAUAUAUCUCUAGGGUUCAUAAGGAGCUUGGCGGGUGGAAAUGUCAAGCGGAAAUUGAAGAGUUUGACUAGUCGUCGUCGGAGGAGGAGGAAGAACAGAGAGAAAGAUGAUAGUGGCGACGUCAUCAACGUCGUCGGCGGUCACCGUGGCGGUGGAGAAGGCGACGAGUGAUCUUCUGAUAAGUCCUGAUUGGACGAUGAACAUCGAUAUCUGUGAUUCUGUGAAUUCUCAUCAGUGGCAGGCAAAGGAUGUGGUAAAAGCUGUAAAAAGAAGGUUACAGCAUAGGAACCCCAAAAUCCAAUUCCUUGCUUUGACUCUAUUGGAGACAAUGGUGAAGAACUGUGGUGAUUAUAUCCAUUUCCAAAUUGCAGAGAGGAAUAUACUAGCGGAGAUGGUAAAAAUUGUGAAGAAGAAGACAGAUAUGCAGGUAAGGGAUAAGAUCUUGAUAUUGGUGGACUCUUGGCAAGCAGCAUUUGGUGGGCCUUCAGGAAAGCAUCCUCAGUACUAUUGGGCAUAUGAUGAGCUAAGGCGGGCUGGAGUUGAAUUUCCAAAGCAUUCAGUAGAUGCAGCUCCGAUGUUUGCACCACCUGUUACAAAUUCAGUACCAAGACCUUCUCAAGCUGGAUAUGGAAUGCCUAGCAAUUCCUCAAGAAGGCUCGAUGAGACAAUGGCCACAGAAAAUGAAAAUUUAACUUUGUCAAGCCUGGAUUCGAUGAGCAAUGUUAUGGAGCUCUUGAGUGAGAUGCUGCGAGCUAUGAAUCCUAAUGACCGAUUGGCUGUAAAAGAUGAAGUCAUAGUUGAACUUGUCGAUCGGUGUCGUGGCAACCAGAAAAAGCUGAUUAAUAUGCUAACUACAACUGGAGAUGAAGAACUCCUUGCACGGGGUCUUGAAUUAAACGACAGUCUGCAAAGUUUGCUCGCAAGGAAUGAUGCUAUAGCUUCUGGCUCACCGGUGCCAACUACAAACUUUAGUCCUCAACCAGCUGAAAUGCCCACAUCCAGUUCCAAGCACACUGAAACUAAAGACUCCAUCACUAGUGACUCCAGUCCAAGACCUGAAGCUAGUUCAUCUGCACCAGUUGCUUCCUCAUCCAGGGUCCAAUUUGAUGAAGAUGAAGAGGAAGAUGAAUUUGCACAGCUGGCUCGAAGGCAUUCCAGACAAAGCCCCUCCAAGCCUGCUGAAAGCACACCUAAUGGUUCCGGUGAUGAUUUAGCAUUAGUGAGCAUGGAUCCUCCUACAGCUGCAUCAAUGGAAACAUCUGUCCCAAGCAACGCGUUAGUUCCAACUGAUCCACCUGUUCCAACUAAGAGCACCCAAGAGCAGAACUUAAUCGAUCUACUGAGUAUCACUUUGUCGACAACAACAAUCUCCAAUGACACCCCUCCCCCUCCUGCAGCAUCUAUCCCUCCCCCCACUCCUGCAUCAAACAGUAAUGUGCAUCAGAUACCUGCUUCUCCCGCUCCACAAGGCAACCCAUAUCCUUCCCAAGCUUAUCCUGGAAAUCCCGGGCUUGGAUCUUACAACAGCUAUGUUGUUCCGUGGGCACAACCUCAGGCCCAACAACCUCAAUUCAGGCCACAUUUACAGCCACAGCCACAGCAGCAACCUCAAUUCCAGUCACAGUUUCAACCUCAGUAUCCUCAAUACUCUUCUGCCUACCCUGCUCCACCAUGGGCAUCUUCUCCUAGUUAUCCUAACAACCAAAAUCAUAUGUCUGCCAAUAAUAUGUAUGCAACUCCUCACAACAACACAACAGCUUAUAUGCCGGCGCAAGGAGCAAGGCCUCUGCAGCAGUAUGGUUCCUUUCCUGCUAGGGGAACCACUGGGUUAGAUAAUCACGGAGGUUUCCCCACAAAUUCUGGUCCUAGAAGUCCCUCAACUGCUGCAGGCCAAAAGCCCUUCAUUCCCUCGUACCGAUUAUUUGAAGAUCUGAAUGUUUUUGGCAACGGUGAUGGAAAGCUUAAGGUGUCAAACGGCAACCCAUCAUCUGGCUUUCCUGGAACUCCAGGCCAAGGUAUGGUUGGCGGGAGAAAGUGAAAUGCUGGCAUAUACUAAACACCCCAUGUGAAUAUAAGUUGCACCUCAGUCAGUAUCCGUAUCUUCUUCAUCUUCUAUUUCAGAUGCACUGGAUGCUAUUUAGGUUGGCAGGCUCGUAGCCGUGCAAUUGUCAGUAUUCGGAGAUUCAUUGCUCCUAUGACUUGUCAUUUCUUAAACGUUUUCUAUUACUAGUAUUGUUAAGUGACUGAGGACUCUGGUGGUUCCUCAUAAUGUACUAGUUAAGGUAGUUAUGUUAUUCUCUAUUCUCACCCACUGAUGAUUUC